GGACGAGGACAACUCGCAAAGCCAAAGAUGGAACUCCUAGAAGUGUUACAUUUGUGUGUAGUCGACAAGGAAAAAAAAGAGCAAAACACAAGAUGUGUUCCACCCGAGGCCGACAAUGCAAUUGGGAUGUGAAGCAAGAGUAACUGCGUCAUGUGAUGGUGAUGGAAUAUGGAAGAUCUCCGUUGUGCAGUUAUUGCAUAACCAUGACUUGAGUCCUACUAAAUCUAGAAUAUAUCGUUGUAAUCGUAGUGUGCCUGCUAGUGUUAAAAAGCAGCUUGAGGUUAAUGACAAGGCAGGAAUUCCCUUGCACAAGAGUUUUCAAGCGGCUGUUGUGGAAGCGGGUGGAUAUGAAGAACUUGGCUUUAUAGAGAAGGAUUGUCGAAAUUACAUUGAAGAGUUUAGACGAUUAAGACUUGGCCUCGGAGAUGCAGAGGCAAUACAAGGAUAUUUUAACAAGAUGCAAGCAAAGAAUGACGGGUUUUUCUUUAGCAUGGAUGUGGAUGAAGAAUCAAGGCUUAGAAAUGUGUUUUGGGUGGACAAUAGGUGUCGUCAGUGUUACAAAUCCUUUGGUGAUGUUGUGACAUUUGACACUACAUACUUGACUAACAAGUAUGAAUUGCGGUUUGCUCCUUUCGUAGGUGUAAACCAUCAUGGGCAAUCAGUACUUCUUGGUUGCGGCUUAAUUGCACACGAAGAUACAGAGUCAUUUGUUUGGCUUUUCAAGACAUGGCUUCAGUGUAUGGAAGGGGUUCCACCCCAAGGCAUAAUUACAGAUCAAGAUCAAGCCAUGGCUAAAGCAAUCAGUAUUGUGUUUCCAGGCAUUAAACAUCGUUGGUGUCUUUGGCAUAUUCUUAACAAAUUGCCUGAAAAGUUAGGAGGCAGGUCUGAUAAAGUUGAAAUCAUGGAUAAGAUAAACGACCUAGUGUAUGAUGUUCAUCUUAUCACAGAAUUUGAGCAAGGCUGGAGAGAAAUGAUUAUGGAUGAGGAUCUAAAUGACAAUGAGUGGUUGGCUGAGAUGUUUUUUUGGAGAGAGAGAUGGGUUCCAUGUUAUCUACGAACUUCUUUUUGGGCUGGUAUGUCCUCAACGCAGCGUAGUGAAAGCAUGAAUGCUUUCUUUGAUGGCUACGUGCAUUCAAAGACAACACUCAAGCAAUUUGUUGAUCAAUACGACCGUGCGCUAAGGAAAAAAGUGGAAAUGGAGUUUCAAGCAGAUGCUAGCUCCUUUACAAAAAUGAUCCCAUGUGUCACUAUUGGAGGAGUACGUGUGCAUCAAAGGGUUUCGCACGAGGAAGUCUUUUGAAGUUGCAUUUGAUCCAUGUACACAAGAGGUGGAUUGCACUUGCCAU